AUGGAAGCGGAGAAAAACUUUAUCCAAGAUCAUCUUUUGCUAUCAAUUGUAAAGAAGAUGCAAAAGAGUGGAAAGAUUGUGGGGAGAAGAACUGUCGCUGGACAGGUUGUUAAAGAAAGCUAUGGUACUGCUAAACAACAACACACUUUCACUAUUGAAGUGCUUUGGUGCGAAGGGAUACAGAAGUUGCCUCCUUUGUAUCCAUUACUAGUGAAAGGACGAAAUCUUUAUAGGUUAAUGACCUUGAGGCAGCGAUGGGUUAAUGAAGAAGACAGAGUAAAAGUUCUCUCUGAAAAGCAUGGCCGUGGUGCCGCAGCAAGAAAGAUGGAAGACUUCAAAAGCCUGAUCACUUGA